UAUUCUUAUAUUGCUUACUAAAAUUAAUAACCAACUCUCAAAUAAUGGCUUCUUCUCAAAUUCUUGCAAUAUUUUCAACAUUUUUAAUUUUCAUGCAAAUUUAUUUUGGAAAUGCACAGAGUUUUAUUCAAUCUAGAGCAGCUUAUUAUCCAAAUUCAGAAGAAAAAGGAACAGAAAGUGGUGCAUGUGGAUUUGGUACUUUUGGAGCAACAAUCAACGGUGGAGAUGUAUCCGCUGCAUCUGAUCUCUAUCGAGAUGGCCUAGGAUGUGGUGCAUGCUAUAUGGUGAGGUGUACAAACAGUAAUUACUGUUCAGAAAAUGGAGUUAAUGUGGUAAUUACUGACCAUGGAGCAAGUGCUAAUACAGAUUUUAUAUUAAGCCAAAGGGCUUUUUCACAUAUGGCCCAAACUAAAGAUGCUGCUACUUCUUUAUUAUCACUUGGUAAUGUGGGCAUUGAAUAUACAAGGAUUUCUUGCAGCUACCCAAACAAGAAUAUUACAUUCAAGAUUGAUGAAAGUAGUGAUAAUCCUUAUUAUUUGGCUUUUGUUAUAUGGUAUCAACAAGGCAAAACUGAUAUUUCUGCUGUUCAAUUGUGUGAGACACAAAAUUUUGUAUGCAAAUUAUUGGAUAGGACACGUGGCGCAGUGUGGACAAGUUCAUCACCUCCAAAAGGAGAAUUACAAAUAAGAAUGUUAUUAAGUUUUGAUGAUGGAGAUGAAAAAUGGAUUAUUCCAGUGAAUAAUAUUCCUGAAAAUUGGAAAGUUGGUGAAAUAUAUGAUUCUGGAAUACAAGUGGAUCAAUAAACUUGUACCGUCGAUGAUGAGUUGACCUAUACGCGUCUGUUAUAGAUCUGAUGUUGCAACAUGACAUAGUAAUUUCCGUAAUUAUUAUCGUGGUUGUUGUCGACAAGAAGAUAUCGAAUUGGAUAAGCAGCUAACAUAAAUUACUAUCGUAAAAGGCAUUUUGUAUAGUUUGUAAAGAAAAAAAUUAUUUAAUAUUGUUUGUUGAUUAAAUUUGUCAUAUAAAAAAAAUAUAUAUAGAGAGAGAGAGUAUAUUUGCUCUUUUCAAUAAAAAUAACUUUUGUGUGCAUUA